CUCCCCUGUAUCCUCGACAUUAUUCAGAGAGAUCACGACGGAAAAGAACAGACAUUCGGAAUCUGAAGCUUUUCUGAGAACAGAGAGUUCGACCAUCGAGCCCGUUGUUUACGUUGUGUGGAUUUUAUCGUUUCAACAUUAAUUCUUGACCGUGGGAUGGAUUUCCGUUUUGGGGAUAUUUAGCUGGACUGUGGAACAUCGCAGAGAAAACACUCGGGCGGAACAAUGAGAGAACCGGCGCUGCUGUUGAUCUCCCUUCUCUCCCUCGGCUCCGUAACUGGGCAGGUCAGCUACACAAUACCGGAGGAGAUGACCAAGGGAUCUGUAGUGGGUAACAUAGCUCAUGAUUUAGGUUUACAAACCAAACGUCUGGUGUCUGGUAAAGGUCGAAUUUAUAGUCGAGGCAGCGACGAGUAUGUCGAGCUGAACAGAGAAAGAGGAGUCCUCCUCGUCAAAGAGAGAAUCGACAGGGAGGCGCUCUGCAGACAGACGACGCCAUGCGCUUUACAUUUCCAGAUUAUUCUGGAGAAUCCGAUGGAAUUUUACACCGUUACUAUCCAGAUCACCGACAUUAAUGAUAACGCUCCAACAUUUGAGGAAGGGAAAAUCGAAUUUAGAAUUAGCGAGUCAGCGAUCACCGGGGCAAAAUUUGUUCUAGAAAGAGCUGUGGAUCUUGAUGUCGGAACCAAUGAUCUUAAAAACUACGAUUUAAAACCAACAGAUAAUUUUGCUCUGAAAGUUCACAGUAAUGCUGAUGGAAAUAAGAACGUCGAGAUGGUGCUGCAGAAACCUUUAGACAGAGAGAAGCAGGAGCAGAUAUCUCUGGUGUUAACGGCUGUAGAUGGAGGAGAGCCGCAGAUGUCAGGAACAAUGAUGAUUCUUAUUACGGUUUUAGACAUCAAUGAUAACGCUCCUGUUUUUACACAGUCCACAUACAAAGCGACAGUUACUGAGAAUUCACCUAAAGGAACAGUUGUGGCCACUGUUACAGCUUCAGAUGCAGAUCAAGGCUCGAAUGGUAAAAUAGCAUAUUCCAUCACAAAUACGUUAGAUGAUGUAAGAAGAGUAUUUAAAAUAAACAAGGAAACUGGUGAAGUUACUUUGAUUGGAAACAUUGAUUUCGAAGAGUCACGAAAUUUUCAAAUAAAUUUACGUGCGAGUGACGAGGGAGGACUCACAGACUCAUGUAAGUUAAUAAUCGAUGUUCAAGAUGUUAAUGACAACAACCCUGAAAUUAACAUAAUGUCGAAAUCAACUGUGAUUUCAGAAGAUGCCAAACUUAAUACAGUCGUUACAAUGAUAAAUAUUGAAGACAAAGACUCAGGAGAAAAUGGAAAAGUUCAAUGUUUUAUCAAUGAAAAUAUGCCUUUCACUUUAAAAUCAUCAACUAAUGAUUUCUACAGCUUAGUAACAGACAGUGAGUUGGAUCGAGAAAGAGCCUCUGAGUAUAACAUAACAGUGACGUGCUCUGAUGAGGGAGUGCCCUCCCUCUCCAGCAGCGUCACUCUCACCUUACAGAUCUCUGAUGUGAAUGACAACGCGCCUGUCUUUGAGAGCAGCUCAUAUGAGGCCUACAUUGUAGAGAACAACACACCAGGUCUCUCGAUAUUCACAGUGAAAGCCAAAGACGCUGACUGGAACCAGAAUGCCCGAGUUUCUUACAUACUGGAGGACUCCUCUGUUAACGGAGUGCCAGUCUCCUCAUACGUGUCGGUUAGUGCUGAUAGUGGAGUCAUCCAUGCAGUGCGCUCUUUUGACUACGAGCAGAUCAAAGAUUUCCAGUUCCGGGUCAAAGCUCAGGACGGAGGCUCUCCUCCUCUCAGUAGUAACGUGACAGUGAAAGUACUGAUCCAGGACCAGAACGACAACCCCCCUCAGGUCCUGUACCCAGUCCAGACUGGUGGCUCUCUGGUGGCUGAGAUGGUGCCUCGUUCAGCAGAUGUGGGCUAUCUGGUCACUAAAGUGGUGGCUGUUGAUGUGGACUCUGGACAGAAUGCCUGGCUCUCCUACAAACUGCAGAGAGCCACCGACAGGGCGCUGUUUGAAGUGGGCUCACAGAAUGGAGAAAUCAGAACGAUCCGUCAAGUGACUGAUAAAGAUGCAGUGAAACAGAGACUGACUGUGAUAGUGGAGGACAACGGGCAGCCCUCUCGUUCAGCUACAGUCGUUGUUAACGUGGCGGUGGCGGACAGCUUCCCUGAAGUGCUGUCGGAGUUCACUGACUUUACUCACGACAAGGAGUACAACGACAACCUGACUUUUUACUUAGUGUUGGCUCUGGCUGUAGUCUCCUUCCUCUUCAUCACGUGUCUAGUGGUUAUUAUCUCAGUGAAGAUCUACAGGUGGAGACAGUCUCGCGUCCUGUAUCACUCCAAUCUCCCUGUGAUUCCAUAUUAUCCACCACGUUACUCGGACACUUUGGGGACAGGGACUCUCCAACACGUGUACAACUACGAGGUGUGCAGGACGACUGACUCCAGAAAGAGUGACUGUAAGUUCGGCAGAGCUGGUAGUCAGAACGUGCUGAUCAUGGAGCCCAGUUCUACAGGGACGAUGCAGAGGAUGCAGAGUGAAAAGAGCAUCCUGGAUGAACCUGACUCUCCUCUAGAGGUUCGUCUCAUGACACAUAGUGUUACACAACACCCUUUAUAG